AUGGUGAAGGAGGCGCUGAUGUCGGAUGAAGAAUAUCAAAUGCAAAAGUGUCUGGGUCUGGAAGAAUGCAACUUGUGAUGCUGCAUUUGGAUGUCUAAAAAAUUUGUGUUGCAUGAGCAGCAAAAGGAAUCUAAUUUUUGCUACGCGGACAGGGCAUUUGUCGUGCGGAAUAGGCAUCAUGAGUCCCUCAAUAAACCUGUGAUGCUAGGGCAUGCAUCACAGACAUCAUGGCUCAUGCAAACUGUGCAUGACAAGUCUCAGAUUCUUCCAGACCCAGACAUUUUUGCAUUUGAUGAAGAGUUGCACCAGGCGAUGAUCCAAAAUCUGAACCCGCGGUUAGUCCUAAACCCCUACCGGUACUUCCUAGUUCCGGGGAAAGAGGGCGAGCACUACUGCGGGGAAAUGGAGGGGAUCACGGUCUACUUACCGCCGAACGCACCGGAAGGGCCGAACGGGCUGGCGAUGGUGCACGCGCAAAAACAGUUCAUCAAGCACGCGUAUACCAAUAAGCGCGGGAUCGUACCGCGACAGAUGAAUCUGGAGUUGAAAGCACCGCCCGGGGCGCAGCAACCGGGCCCGUAUCAAAUGCAAAUAUGUCUGGGUGCGGAAACUUGUGAUGCUAAAAUGUGGAUGAUUGCAACAGUUGCGAAUGCAACACAGCAUGACAACUUUUCAGAACGCUUUCUCAUAGGAAACCCGCAUGAGAAGCUGCGGCUUUGCAUGUACAAAAGAGGCUGCGACUUUUGUUGGUUAUGCAAUACAGAUUUCCUGGGUAUGCAAAGCUAGCACUACAAGUUCCAACCUUCCAGACCCAGGCAUAUUUGCAUUUCAUAGCCCGCACGCGGUCUCGACGGCCGUGAACCCGUAUGACGAGUCGAUGGAGAUGCUGAUAUGCAUUGCAAAUAUUUCUGGGUCUGGAAGGUUGCAACUUGUAAUGCUGCCGUUGGAUUCCAAAAAAAUCUGUAUAUGCAUGGCCAGCAACAGGAGUCCAGUUUGUGUUACGGGGAGAGGGCAUUUCUCAUGCGGAGUAGGCAUUAGGAAGCCGUCUAAAAAUCUGUGAUGCUAGAUCAUGCAUUACAGGCAUCAUGGAUCAUACAAAAUGUACAUGACAAAUCUUCCAGACACAGACGUAUUUGCAGUUGAUAGCUUAGAAUACAGUACAAGGACGGAACCGUGCGCCUGUGGUCAGAUCGGGAAGUAAGGAUGUUCUGCGUCUUGCGGAAGCCGAACCGGCAGGAGUUUUUGGACAUCCAAGCAGUACAGAUUUUACCCUUCGCCGGGAUGCACCAGACGCCGCAGUCGCUGCAGUUUGUGACGUACAACUACAAUGAGAAGCUGAUCGCGCUGAAAACGAAAAUGCGGGCGAGAAGUCCGAAAAAGGAUAAGGUCGUCUACGACCCGGUACCGGCGAGGCCGUUGAGUAUAUUUUCAAUUUACAAGUUGCUGUUGUUGAAUUUUUGAUAAAGGAUGUAUGCAUGACAAUCAGUGCUUUCGAUGCAAUUCACGGGAUACAAAUCAAUGCGAAAAAAAUUCAUAUCAGGUCCAAAACGCCCAGUUCCACUGCCCUUUGACAAAGCAAAACAGCAAGAUGAGGAGGAAGAACCUCCAGCUGCGGCUGCGGCGAAGAAGGAAAAAAAGCAGAAAUCGAAGGACAAAGCCGCGGGUGACAAAAGCCCAGAAAAGGGUGCCGCAGGAGCUGGGGAACAAAACAAAGACAAAGCUGCAGAUAAAGACAAGCACGACGAGAACAAACACGGAUCCGUAUCCUAUGUAGAAACGUCCUCACACCAGAGUCAAAAUGGGAAAUCUGCUAUACAAAUCAGCCAGCUUUGGUUGUUUCGCAUGACAAAACUGGCUUCGUAUUGUAAUCGUAUUUAAGUAGGUAGUUCAGCAGCAUCACAGAUCUACCACAUCAUGCUGAUUAUAGCAUGAGAAAUUCUAAAACACGACUAGAAAAUGCUUCUCAUGGGGCUCCGCAUGAGAAAUUUUUUUGGCAUGCAGAUUUGCAUGACAGCUAUGGUGUGGGGACGUUUUUACACAGGAUAAUCCUCAAAAGAGCACGCCAGCCCGUCCAAGGACAAACACGGAGGUGCUGGACAUCACUCACCGCUGCUCCAAACACCACCACCGUACGACCCUUUAACGUCACCGCACUUGUCGCCUGACUUAGAGCUCAUGAAGGGCUUCUUCCCGGAGGCCCACGUCGUCGUCGCCGAGCAGUACGACGACGGAAAGAUUUAUUUCCACGAAGAAGAAGCUACGAGAAUUCGGGCGUUGCAGCGAUCCUUGUCUCCAGAACGGUACGGGAAGAAGGGGAAAAGAAAGGCAAAACCGGUGCUGGAGUCAAGCCCGGAAUCCCCGGGGUCGAAGGAGAAAUCAGUGAAGAUAAUGGGCAGCGAACAGCACGGAGGGUCGAAAAGCUCGACGGCUGGUGCUGGGAAUCAAAAUCAUGCGGGGAGUAGCAAGGAGGUAUAUUAGAUUUUUUUUUCGUCUUUUUAUGCUAAGUAGGAAAGAAGAUCAUCUUCUGGAGGUCAUAAUCCAUGAAUAUUCUGCGAGAGUGGUUCUUGUUUGUCCUCUAUCUUCAACAUGACUUUGCAAUUGCAUUCUUACACGCUCAUGUUGACAACGACUCCGUGAGGACUACUUCCCAAACACACCAACACACCAGCGUGCCUCCACCCAGUCCCCACCCCCGGCAAUCAAAACCCCCGGUGGAGCCGCGGCAAAACACGCGGACGCACCCUCCACCCCCACGAAAAGUCAACACCAGCAGCCGCACGGCUCCCCGAAGGCCGCCGAGGCGGCCCCCGCCGCAGCGCCCGCGGCCGCCGGAGCCCCGCCCCCGGAGAUGCACACCGGGCCGAAGAAGAAGCACGAGCCACUGGAGCACUUGGGGGAAAUACCGGAAACGCAUUUUUACAUGAAAAACAACGAGAGGGAAGAGUUGAUGGAGGAGACGAUAGAUAAACUUAACGGCUGGCUCACCGAGAAAUACGGGCUGCGAAUUUUCUCGGGCGUGUUUGAAUUCGCCUUUGCGAAAAUCGACGUGCCAAGCAAGGAAUUCCAGCGGGUUAGUUAUCCAAGAAAAAAACCUUGUAGGUGUAACUUUCUUGGAGGAUUAGCAUGACAAAUAUCUCUCGCAUGAAAGCAAAAACCUGUCAUGCGCAGAUAGCACGGGAAAACGCCACUGAAUGGGCCCUAUGAUGCAUGCCAAGCAUGACAGACGCAAUCAUCUUGCAUGUUGCGCAUCACAAAUUUACACUAACAACGUUUUUUUCUUGGAUAUUAGUGCGAAGAAAAACAGUGUGCAAGGUAUGUGUUAGUACUGAUUUGGACCGACUUCAAAAAUGUUAAGAAAAUCGGAAAAAAAUCCGCAAAAAAUCCAGGCACGCCGCAAAAAAUCGACUUUGUGCCGCGGCUGCUAACGUCCACAAGCGAAGCAAAGUAGCGCGAAACGAAGUCGGUUGCCCGCGUUCUCGAAGCUCGAGAAUGCGCCAACUCGGUCUCGCGGCAGUUUUUGCCGGUGUCCUGAGGCGUUAGGCCCCACCCUGGAGCGUCCGGGAUGCCAGAAAGAUUCCCGCAGCCGGGUUGGGGGCGCCGGGUUGUCAUGUUCCGCCCGGCGGGCGGUGCUCACAAAAUCGAUUUUGUGAGUACCCGCGGACAGACUCGAUUUUGUGCGCACCCUUCGGGCACGCUUUUCGAAGAUGCCCUAUCGAUCCUCGGGCGGGGCCACACAAUCCGCGCGUGGUCGCAAAAUCGAUUUUACCUCCAACACAAAAGCCGGAAAACCCGGCAAAAGCUGCAAAAUUGAUUGCGUGGGGCGAAGUCGCAGAGGACGGGCCUCUGCCCGCCUUGGAUCGAUGUUUCGCUCGCAAGCUACAGGCUUAGGGAUGAUCGCGAAUUCCAGAACUUGCGCCCCGAUGAAGUUCCGCACAUUCAUCGCGUUGGCCCAGCGUAGAAACCAAUGAAAAACGCCCGAGCUUGUGACUUACAUCCGGGCCCAAGUUCUGAAAAGCCGCGGGAGCGGCAUGGGCCCCGUCUGCGUGUUCUGAGCUCCGUAGAGGCGCCAGGAACAGGGUCUCGGCUGGCGCGGGGGUCGAUUUUGUGCAGUGCAAAAUCGAUUUUGUGCAAUGCAAGAUCGAUUUUGUGCAAUGCAAAAUCGAUUUUGCGGGAUUCGGUUUUGUGCAAUGCAAAAUCGAUUUUGUGCAAUCCGCGUCUGCAGGAAUGCAGAAUCCAUUUUGUGCAAUGCAAAAUCGACGUGCCAAGCAAGGAAUUCCAGCGGGUUAGCGCGAAGAAAAACAGUGUGCAAGGUAUGUUUGGUUGUGAUUUUUGUUUUUCAUCUUCACCGCAUGACGAAUAUGUAUGAAGAGACAAGUCCAUGGAUUCAUAUUCUAUGCAUGACACAUGCUUGUUACUCCGACCGUACUUCAUAUCUUCAUAUUGCGUAAAAAUACAGCUAUCAUGGCGGAGAAGAAGCAGCAAAGGAUCAAGAAAACGCCGAAGCAAGUCGUGGAAGAGUAUCAAAUGCAAAAAUGUCUGGGUCUGGAACAUUCUAAACUUGUAAUGCUGUCUCUGGAUUCUGAAAAAAUUUGUAUUGCAUGACCAGCAAGAGGACUCCAGUUUGUGCGACGCGGAGAGGGCGUUUCUCAUGCGGUAGAGGUAUCACAGAGCGCUCUGAAACUCUGUGAUGCUACAGCAUGCAUCACAGACAUCGUCGGUCAUGGAAAAUAUGCAUGACAAAUAAUCUAGAAAUCUUCCAGACCCAGACACUUUUGCAAUCCAUAAAGAGCUGCAGGAAACGAGGCUAAGGUGCUACUUGAUGAACGCGGCGAAGCUUCUCGUGGGGAAAGCGGAAAGAAAAAAGAAGAAGGAGGACCGGCCGAGCUCAAGGGGGAGUAGUCCAAGCCCGUAUGCGAGCGAAGCCGAUGAGGAUAUGUAUGCAUACGGUAUUGAAGCAAGUAGUUGAAGUCUUUUCGUUCCUGAGUGAUGCAGAAUCAGAAUGAGAAUGUCAAUGUUGAUUUUUUGACUUGUCUGCACUUGCAGCCAUCCAUGAUAAAUCCAACAUCAUCAACUCGAAAUCCAAUCCAGAUUCCCCCGGCGAUGAUUCCCAAGGCCAAACCUCCCCCGGCGCUGACAGCAGCCCGGGCGGCCCGUCCGAAGCCGCCACGGAUGCCCAAUCCCCCGCGGCGCAGAGGAAAAAGAGGCCGAAGUGGCGGACCGAAGCCGGCCCGGAGAUGCUCACCAACAUGAUAGACUAUGUAUUGCAAAAGUAUCGUACUCGUAUAAAUGCAUUACAAAUUUCCUCAGCAUGAGAGAGAAAAUUUGUAAAUGUAGAUUUACCUUAAGAGCAAGAUUUGUAAUGCAUGGUUGCAAUUACUACGAGUGCGAUACUUUUGCACAGGAUAUGGACCUCUGGGAGCCGAUCCGGCUAGAGUGCAGCACCGACCCCCUGGCGGAGUUCAAGAACCAGCUGUCCCAAUCAACCGGCAAAUCGAAGUCCGGCGACACGGACAAAAACUCCGUGGAAAUGAUGGUCCGGGCGACUGUCGAUGCGGCAAGGGAGGGCACCCCCUUCGACCACGUGCCCUUUCUGAAAGAGAUUCCGGCGCAGUGCCACGACAAACUGGUGGAAAGCAAGAUCGAUUUAUUCCAGAAAGAACACACUGUCACGGAGAAAACGCGCGUCGGCCCGAUCGGGGCGAUGCUGCGGAAGCCGCUGCUGCCGGGAGUUGUCGGGGGGAAUUUACCAAGGACGAACUCCGAGCCCGUGAUGUCCGGACACGCGCUGAGCCACCGCGGGAGGUCGACCGGAACGCCGGUGAAAAUGAACCAGUACGGCGGAAGUGGUGGUCCAUCUAUGUCUCAUGGAGCACCGCAUGGCAUGAUGAUGAACGGCAAUAAUAACUUUUCAUCAACUACCCCAAACACCGCAAACAACUUCCUCGGGCACGCGCCCAUCGUGCCGAUGGGCUCUACUGGCGGGAUCAUGAUGGGGUCCCAUCCUACUUCCGGGAGGCAGUUGCUUUCCGCGGGGACCAAUUCCUCCAAAUUUUCCGCAGGAGUUCCGCAAAUGUCCUCCACGCCGGGGUCACGGGUGCACACCAGACCAACUUCCAUUGCGCAAAACGUAGUGCAGCAGCAGAUGAUGCAGACCACAAACACCAGCUCGACGCCGAGCCGGAGCCGCAAGGAAUUGCCGAAGAACAGCAUGGAGAAAGUGGACGUCUCCAGGAUAUUCCUCGGCGGGGAAAACUUGCAUUUGAUCCAGACGAAGAAUUCGGACGCGGGGCGGGCGGUGCCGCCGGACGAGUUUACGAUCCUGAGUCCGAGGCGGAAGGACAUCGGACGAACGACAACGGACAGCCUGUCGGAUUUGCUCGGCGGGAGUAAAACGAGGGAGAAGUAGAAAUAGAGGUGGUUGCGCGGAAAAGACAGCUGAGAGAGUCUUCGUGUUUGGACUUGAAUAUUGAUUGAAGUAUACUCCAAAUGCCAAUAUGCUAUUGUUGAGAGUGAGAAUGAGUUUCACUUUCCGCUUCUGUACAAUUUAGCCACUCUGUAAAGCUUUUUUGACUCCAUUGUUUGAGGGUGGAGAUGUACAAUUAUUUCACCGAGACUACGUUUAUAUCGUUUGAAAGCGAAACAAACUAAAAUCUGGCUCGACGUCGAGAUUUGAAAUGCGAACCCGAAGAGAACAACCUUAUCCUGAUUUACAACAACGAACAACAAGUUUUACAACCUUAUCCUAAAUGUGCUUGAGAACAGACGGACGAUGAGAAGUACCGUGAAGAUAUUAACCUUAUCGAGACAACUCUGAAAUGCAAUAUUCGAACGUCGCGGGCCAAUUGUGGCCACGGCGCACGCUGAAGACAAGAAGCGAUCCUGGUUUGGUGCUGAU